AUGAGUCAGGGGAAACCACAGAAGAGGGCCACGAGUAGAGGAAGCGACGAGCCGAGAGAAGCCACGGACAAAAGGACAAGCCGAGACAAGCCACGAGCAAAGGAAAGCCACGGAGGAAAACGACGAGCGGGUCCCGUUGAGCGCCAAGGAGACAAACCGCGAAGCGACCUACACGCAGCGGCGGGGCUCAUACCCCGCCUGCGCAAGGUCUACGGCCUGGGAUCUGGAGUGGCAGCUGGAGGGCUACAAUCUGUGGUACAGAGUGAGGACGCAGAGGCAUUGGGACGUACCGCGAAGCGACCUACACGCAGCGGCGGGGCUCAUACUUCGCCUGCGCACUAA